AUGGCUGUUGGAGACAUCUCCGAUUGUGAGAAUAACGUGAGCAUGUUCGAAUCGAACGGUUGGGCAGCAUUACCGGAUGUUCUCCUCGAAGAAAUUUUUUCGACUUUGCCAAUUAAAAAUCUUGGUCGAUGUGCACAGGUAGGGAAAUGUGCAAUGCAUAAGAACGUCAGCAGAGGAAAGCACCCAACUGUAUCAUAUGCCGGAAUCCAGAAAUUAUUCGUAAACUAUCCCUGGCGCCGAUUUCAAUUCGAAGAUUUCAUUUUUACCCGACGUAAAUUCACCUCGCAUUCAGGAUGGCAGUAUACUAUCGACCACUGGAGACUCAGGUUCCUGAUUAUGAGAGCUGCAUCAAAAUGGCGUGAAUUGGAAAUCAAACCUGUUACAAUACUUUUCAAUUUAUAUGAAUUUUUCCGUGUUUUAACGAAUUUUUCCGAAUAUUACGAGAAAACUAGUGAUGACCGACCGCUGCAGGGGAUACGCUCGUUUAUAUUCCGAUGGCAGUUGCACUUCGAACAGCAAGGUGAUCACCACAUGAAGGUGGUUGGAACAGGAGGUGAAAUGUUGAAAACACUAUCGUUGCUGCUGUCCCACUUACAUGGCCUUAGCGAUUUAGCGCUUUACGAACUUCAACUUGAACCAUGGGAAAGCAAUUAUUUUGUCGAUGAGGUCAGUGCUGCUCGUAUUUGGAUUCUGAAACUGCAAACAUAUGCAGCUGUUAACUUUCCUCGUGCGUUUUUACAAAUUGGUCUCUUCCUGAACCUCGAGCAUUUGACCGUAUCACCACAACAUCUGGACGAGUCAGUGAUCACUCUAAUCGCUGACCUCAAACGACUGCAAUCGUUCACCAUCUAUCAGAACGAGAAAUCAGUGGGUUCGAAUGCAGUCAGUGCUGCUACAUGGAGAGCUUUUGCGUCCAGCAAUACCCAUACUCGAGUCUACUUGAUAUUAUCAGGGCAAUGUCACUGUGAUCUUCUUAUUCAACCUAAUGCGCCAGUUUACGCAAUUAUCUACGAAAAUUCCAAUGGACAGCUCACGGCCGAUGUGGCACAGCAGUUCGCUAAUUCGAUGGGGUUUGCAGCCAAGUUGAAACUGCUGGCGAUUCGAGAACGAAUUUCGUUCGGUACAAUACUUUUGCUGUCGCUCAUCGCUAGAGACCAUCGAACAACUCUUUGUGUGAGACGAAACGCACUUCUGAAAAGGAGGAACUGGUCAAGUUCUGAGAUUCAUGCCGUAUUGGGCGAGAACGCUGAUUUUGGAUGGUUUCGUCGUAGUUGUUCCAGUUAUGAAGCCAUUGAACAACAGAUUCGUCUGAUUACGGGCUCUGGUGCAACAAUUGUUUCGGAUAACAGAUAUUUGUAUAGUUUCUAG